AAUUGUUCACAAAAAGGGAUGAAAAUUGUUUUCAAACAUUAAUAACUGGUUUUCAUUAAGAAAUCAAUCAUUUGAUAAAUUAUACACAAAUUGUUGACCAAAAGUGUGGUAACAAUGGAUGCGAGACAACGAUUGAAUCAAUUGAGAAGAUUUAAGGCGAAGACACGGCUCGGGAGGAAUGGGAGACAAGUGGUGAGAGAUUUGCGGCAAAAGAUCUCCAAUGAUAAUCGAUUUGGUGGUCAGAGCGGGAAGCGAUCGCUCGUCAGUCCACGGCUUAAGGCAUACCAAUCGCAGACUCGACCACAAGUGUCACAAUCUGGCAAAAGAGUCACUUUAGUUGGCGACCAACGAAUGCCAAGAGUUUCUGUCAAUUUGUCUCAACUUAGAGACAAUUCUGGCAUUUCGGUCAAUACAAGGACCACAACCAGAACCAGAACUGAACCCAAACAACAGAGACAGACAACCGUGUCGUCCACUCAACCCAUUAUUAUGCCUCAGAUGGUUCAGUUGAUGCCGCAGACAUCGGGCGUCGGCAGAUAUAGCACGCCUUCCUCGACACCCGUCCGUCACAAUCCAUAUUUGGCCGACGACUCAAAGAACACAGUUUUGGAACUGUUUGGCGAAAUCGGACCAAUGGUUCGCACCUCACGAGUGAACAGUUCAAUGGUAUUCAUUGUAUACGAGGACUCAAUGAGCGCUAAGAAUGCGUGUCAGACAUAUCACAACCGACUCUUAGACGGUCUCCCCAUGAGUUGUAGUAUACUUUCCCAAUCGGUCAAUGAGUUUGAAGUCGAUUCCCAGCCGACCUUCCGGUCCACGCCUUACCGACUGGACAAUACAUCGGAUCUAUUGGCCGCACAGUUGCGGCAAAUCAAUGAAAUACAACCCAUAAGUAACCGCUUCACUGCCGGCCAAACUCUCGGAACCAAUCGUCGGCCCAAUAGAUCACAAUUCAGAUACAAUUAAUUUGCAAACAUCUAAACCAUUGAUUCAAAGAUCUUGUAAAUUAAAACAAUUCUAUAAUUCAUUAAAAAGCAAAUGAUUUAUUCGUAAAUAAAAA